AUGAGCCUGCGCUACUAUUUGACCUUCAUCGACGAGGAGCCCCAAGCUUCCCCGGACGCCUUUGGCUCUCGCAAAAGAGGCGCGAGCUGUCCGGCGGAUUUCCGAUCCAAGGAGGAGGUCCGGUCCAUGUGGACGGAGGCGUGUCGUGAGCAGGCGCUCUUCAGAUCCCAGGUGGCGCAGCUUCGGGAGAGGGCCGACCAUGUCCGGGACAACUCCCAGGAGUGCAACACCUUGACUGCUCCCAGCCUGGGCAGCGUGGGGCAUCCGCAGCUCUGCCGGCGUCCCUGCGCCCACUUCGCCAAGAACGCCGGCUGCCCCAGGGCCAAGCACUGCGCCUUCUGCCACCUGCCCCACCGCCACGUGUCCCUGGACAAGCGCAUGCGCGAGCAGCUGGCCAGCUGCAGCGAGGCGGAGCUUCUGUGGACUUUGCGGCCCCACUUCCAACGCCAUGCCCUUGCAAACCCGGCCGCCGUGGGCUUCCAGGAGCUGCUGGAUCGGAACCUGGCGCUUCACCAUCCACAGCCCGCGCUGCCCAGGCCCAGUCAGUCCUGGCAGCUUCUUGAAAAGCGGUUGGUCCGCCUCCCUUUGGCAGCAUUGGUGGGCUUGUGCUUUCGCGUCUCGGGGCAUUUGCCUGGGCUUCUGCAGGAGCAGCUGAGGGACUUCCGGACCGGAGAUCAGUGA